CUCCUCUGGCGGAAGAACGGCGCGUGCGCAAAGCGGCUGUGCUUGUCGGAAGGCUUCUUCGCCGCCGCUGGUGGUCUGGCGAGUGACACUCGGGGCCGAAAGAGAGGAGAGCGAAGAAGAAGAAGACCGCACUAACUGAGGAAGUUUGAACUGAGGCGGACGCCGUCGUCGCUGUCUCUGGAGGAGCACCGAGGAGGCUGGCUCCCUUUGGGAGGAGAACCCCGGCGUUGGCGGCUCCAAGCUCCGGAGAAGAAGCCCCGCUUUGGAGCCCUCGGCGGCGGCCCCGCCCUGUUGGCUUGGCCUCAGCCUCGCCCUCCGGACGGAGCCGGCCUCUGAUCUGGACAAUUGGAUCUAACCCAGUCUUGUGAGAGAAUUACGAAAGAGUGUGUUCAAUCAUGGGAACUCCAGGAUCGGGAAGGAAACGAACUCCAGUGAAAGAUAGAUUUUCUGCAGAAGAUGAAGCUUUGGGUCAUAUUGCUAGAGAGGCAGAAGCACGGUUGGCAGCUAAACGUGCAGCCCGAGCAGAAGCAAGGGAUAUACGCAUGAGAGAACUGGAACGACAACAGAAGGAGCUUUCUCAACGUUCUUAUGAUAGAAAAUGGGGACAUAUCCACAAGUGGAUGGAAGAUUCAGAGAAGGCCAGGUAUUCACACCGCACCAGCCGGCGGUCAUAUCUGGGAACAGAUGACUUGGUUUCCACUCGAAGUACUGCUACUCAGAGGCACUCUGCCUUGGAUGCCAGUGGGUCACACAGGAGCAGAGCAAGUACGUCCAGGAGAAGAGAUCUUGUGAGCAAUACUUAUGGUGAUGCUUAUGGUGGGAAGAAGCCUUCUAGCUCUUAUAAAGAUCUCUUGAGUGGAUUUUACCAUGACCAGCGAAAUUAUAGCAGUCUUAGACAUAGCAAACCACUUUCUACCUACCAUCCUCGGUCAUCAUCUCUAUACAGUGAUCCUUUGGCAACAACUAAAACUUACAGGGUGUCUCCAGAUGUUAACAGUGGUUUGAUAAGAAGUGCCAGUUUGGCAUCGUUACAUGGUGGUGAAUUGUCUAAGUCUUAUAGUAUUCGGACUCCUUCUGAAUAUAGUUACUAUUCUUCAAGAACAAGUUCAGCACGAAGUAGUCCAGUGUUUACAGAUGAUGAAUCAGAGAGCGUUGCAUCCUCUGAUCGUGCUGUUCGAGGCCGGAGGGAUAGUGUGUCAUCUGACUUUUCUGAUCACAGUGAAACCGCAGCUGAUUAUUUCAGCCGUUCUAAUCGUAGGGGAAGCAUUGUGUCUGACUUGGAUGAUGUCAGCAUUCCAGAUCUGAAUAGUCUCGAAGAGAAGAAUGAUAGGCCAUAUUCUGAUUUAUAUAUUCGGCCAGCAUCUCGCAAUUCAGCAACACCUCUAAGUGGAAAUUCAUCUAGACGAGGAAGUGGCGAUACAAGCAGUUUGGUGGAUCCCGAUACCUCAUUAAGUGAAUUGCGGGAUAUCUAUGAUCUUAAGGACCAGAUACAAGAUGUAGAGGGGAGAUACAUGCAGGGACUUAAAGAACUAAAGGAGUCGCUUGCUGAAGUUGAAGAAAAAUACAAGAAAGCAAUGGUUUCUAAUGCCCAACUAGAUAAUGAGAAGAACAAUUUGAUUUAUCAAGUAGAUACUCUAAAGGAUGUCAUUGAAGAAAGAGAGGAGCAAUUAGCAGAAUACUAUAGGGAAAAUGAAGAAAAGACUAAGGAAUUAGAAAGACAGAAACACACAUGCACGGUUCUACAGCAUAAGGUGGAUGAACUUAAGGAAGGUAUUCGUCAAAGAGAUGAAUUAAUUGAGGAGAACCAACGCAUGCAGCAGAAAAUAGAAUCUGUAACCAAAGAGGUGUUUGACCUCCAGGAGACAGUUAAUUGGAAAGAUAAAAAAAUUGGGGCUCUAGAGAGACAAAAAGAGUACUUUGACUGCAUUAGGAUUGAGCGAGAUGAGCUCAGAGAUGAGCUGGCUGACCUCAAGGAAACAAUGAAGACAGGAGAGAAACAUGGAUUAGUCAUAAUCCCAGAUGGCACUCCAAAUGGUGAUGUCAACCAUGAACCAGUAGUUGGUGCAAUAACAGUUGUUUCACAGGAGGCUGCCCAGGUCUUGGAAUCAGCAGGGGAUGGACCAUUAGAUAUUAGGCUAAGAAAACUUGCAGGAGAAAAGGAAGAGUUGCUGUCACAGAUUAAAAAAUUGAAAUUCCAGUUGGAAGAGGAACGACAGAAAUCCUCACGAAAUGAUGGCACAAGUACCGAUUUAACAGGAUUAGAAAAUGGUUCUGAUUUACAGUUAAUUGAAAUGCAGAGAGAUGCCAACAGACAAAUUAGUGAAUUCAAAUUUAAACUUUCAAAAGCUGAACAAGAUAUUACUACUCUGGAACAAAAUGUGGUACGACUUGAAGGUCAGGUGGUAAGAUACAAAACUGCUGCAGAGAAUGCAGAAAAAGUAGAAGAUGAACUCAAAGCAGAAAAGAGAAAACUUCAGCGAGAGUUAAGAACAGCAUUGGACAGGAUAGAAGAGAUGGAGAUGACCAAUAGCCACUUAGUAAAACGGCUGGAGAAAAUGAAGGCAAACCGAACUGCACUUCUAUCUCAACAGUAGCAACGAAACCUUAAACAUUAUGCACUGCUCCUUGAAAUAACUUGUCCCAGCUUGUUUUAAUACAGGCUUCAUUUGGCACAAACUUUGAACACGGAACAGUUCAGUGAAUUUUAGUUCCAUAAUUAAGUGGAAAAUAUUUUGUAACUUGAGCAAAUGAAAAAAAAAAUAGCUUGAAUCUUUAUGCAAAUGAUGAGUUUUAGCAGCUUAAGUCUAGAGUCUGCUGGAGCCCAAUGCUGUAUGAUUGACUUCCUGCUAUAAACUAUUUUCACAAUUGUGAAAUUUAGUUUAUUCACUGAAAUAUUUUCAACUGCUUUAAUAAUGCUUGGUGCUUGGAGACGACCGCAUGAAUUCAAGAGGAUGCUGCAUUACAAACUAACCAAUUAUGUGCUGAAGACAUCACAUGGCACAAGUGCCUUCUAUCUAGUGCAAUGUAGACUUCAAUGAUUAGUUUAAAAUAACCUUUGGAAUCAGAUAACAUUUAUUUUAAAAUACAUUUGGGGUUGUGUUUGCUAAACUUUAUACAUUUUUGAUGGAAAACACUUUUGUAAAAUAUUUAAAUUUAUAUAAAAUAGAAAUGACUGUAUAAAAUUUGCUUUAUUGCAUGGGUGA